GUCUGCGUUACGUGUCUACGUGUGUUUAUGUUUUUAUCGCCAGAUGCGGCUUAGGUUUGCGGCCGGUUACCAAAUCCGUUAAUAGCGAACCUUGACUUGUUCGCUGUUAGUUUAAGCUUAAACACCUAAUUGGGUGUUUACGGCUGUAAAGGGAGAUGUGCUGAGGGGAAACCCCUGUUUUUUCCUCCUCUGGCGUUGCUCUGUUUCGGUUUUCGUUCCCUCUCGGAUGCUCCUCCUGGGGCUGACACGGUCACCUGAUUACAAGAGGACACUGACAGCGGCUGUGGAAGGGACUGUCUUUCUGCUUUACCAUCAGAAGAGACAACAUAUUAGAAGAACGGGCAAACAUGACGAUAAGUACAUGUAGAGAAAUUAACGUGAAAAAAGGGGAAGCGAAAGCCGGCCUGUAGUCUUUCAGCUGUCCAUCUCCGGCUACAGUCGGAAAAGUUCGCGUGACUUCAGCGAGUUAAUUGAGCUCAUUUCAAGCUAAUGACAGCGCUUAUUGAGGUUUUUCUUUAAGCCAUCAUGUCGGACACGGAGAGGUCUCUGCCAGCCCUCAGGAAGCUCAGUUAUGCGGUGGGACACUUUCUGAACGACCUGUGCGCGUCCAUGUGGUUCACAUACCUGCUGGUUUUCUACCACUCGGUGCUGGGAUUUCUAAACACAAACGCGGGUGUGCUGCUGCUGAUCGGGCAGGUAGCUGAUGCUAUCUGUACUCCUCUCAUUGGCUACGAGUCGGACCGAACCCCGGGCUUUGGAAACUACGGCAGGAGGAAGACAUGGCAUUUAGUUGGAACACUGAGCGUGGUGGUGUCCUUCUCCUUCAUCUUCAACCAGUGUCUGGGCUGUGACUCCCUCACCCCUCAGUGGGCCAGCCUGACCUACUUCAUCCCGUUCAUCGUCGUCUUUCAGUUCGGCUGGGCGGCCACGCAGAUCUCCCACCUGUCUCUCAUUCCAGAGCUGGUCACCUGUGAGCACGCCAAAGUAGAACUCACUGCGUACAGGUACGCGUUCACUGUGGUAGCCAACAUCACUGUAUACGCAGUGGCCUACCUGCUGUUCCAUGUGCAGGCCAGCGAGGACUCCGACCCGCUCAGCGAUGCGCUCGGACCAGCAGACAUCCCCAUCUUCAGGGAUCUGGCGUUGAUCGUGCUGGGCAUCGGUGCUCUCUUCUCCGUCGUCUUCCACCUGGGAACCACAGAGUGGAAGCCUGGAGCUGGAGGGGAGACGGCAGGACCGGAGGCGAGGACGAGGAGGACGGAGGAGGAAGAGGAUGAGGAGGAGAUGGAACGCCGGCCGCUGCUAUAUCGCUCCAAAGCCUCCUCAUCUCUUCUUCAGUGGAAAUGUUGGCUGCAGCAGCCGUCUUUCUACCAGGUGGCCUUACUGUACAUGUCCACCAGGCUAAUAGUGAAUCUGUCACAGACCUACAUCUCAAUGUAUCUCAUUAAUACUCUGAAGCUGCCAAAGAACUUCAUAGCAACAAUCCCAUUAGUGAUGUAUGUGAGUGGCUUCCUGUCCUCCUUCAUUAUGAAGCCUCUCAGUAAACUAAUAGGAAAAUGUCUCACCUAUUUUGUGGGCCUGUUGCUGAUCAUGGCCUUCUCCUUCUGGGUGCUGGUGGACGACAAGAUGGGUCAGCAGGUUUACGGGGCAGCCGUGCUGCUGGGGGCAGGCUCAGCCACCAUCCUGGUCAUAUCUCUCGCCAUGACCGCCGAGCUCAUCGCCGAUCAGACUCAAAGUGGAGCAUUUGUUUAUGGAGCCAUGAGCUUCACUGAUAAGUUGGCUAAUGGAGUGGCUGUGAUGAUCAUUCAGGCAGUACAUCCUUGCCAUACCGUGAUGUGUUGUUCGGCCUGCGUGUGGUUCUAUCAUUACAUCAUGGUCAUAGUGACGGGGGGCGUGGCUGUUGUCGCAACUUUGGCGCUCUGCUCCAUCCUCAUCUGGCCAAUCAAAAUCAGACCACGUGGUCUGCCAGUCAUCUCUGAAGAUGAAGCCAGAGUCAACUAACACCCCCAUGUCCCCCCCCCCAACUGACUCCACUGCAGUGAAACAGAAGAACAUAAACUCCGAACAGGUCUCAACUGGACACAAAGAGGUUUCACUUUCGUGUCCUUUUUAAGAUUUGUUUUAGUGGAUUUCAUGGAAAAGCAGAAGGGGAAUUCCUGAGCGGCUGCUUUCCCACAGGGAGGUUUCUUUUAGUUUGGCAUUAUUAUCUGACAAUUCCAGCCAUUUACAACCUGGACCUUGUUUUUCCCUCAUUUUAAAAAACGUCUUCUGACUAAUCACAGAUUGGUAAUUACAGAAGUCAGGAUAACAUAAAGGAAAGAGUAUUUCAGCAGGUCCUAACACCAGUGUCUAUUAAUGGGCUGCUAACGUAUUUGUUAGCCACCUAAACAAAUACGUUAGCAGGCUAAACAUUAUGUGGCUAACGUGGUGAGCAGAGUGUCUCUGACCUCUGGCUUCCUCACUACAGUUUACGCUACGGCUGAAGCUUUUAGUCAGUCGACAGAAAAAAAAAACAAACUGUUUUGCUAAAUGAUUAAUCAUUUUUAUUCAUCGUCCAAAGCAAAAAUGCCACAAUUUGCUACUAUUACUGUCAUUUUGGGCUGUUGGUCAAACAAAGCAAGUGAUUUCAGUAGGUGUGAUGGGUAUUUUUCACAAUCUCAUAGACAAAUCAAAAUGUCUUUAGUUAAACAUCCAUCCAUCGUCCAUACUGCUUAUCCUAUCAAGGGUCACGGGGUGGGGGCGGGGAUUGGAGCCAAGCAAAGCACGGGGGGGACUCAGGACCCUCUUGCUGUGAGGCCACAUUAGACGAUGCAGAGCAGCAGAGGAAAGACUGGGAACACUGUAGAUGAAGCUCACCUCAGUGGAUCGCUCCACAGGACAAAGGGAACCGUCCCAGAUGAGGGGACAUCAGAGCCAAAAAGAAAAACACAACAAUGAAAGGGAACUAAAUACGACAUGUGAUCCAGCUGAGAAACACCAAAGCAGCAGCACAGGCCGUUUUAAAUCCAGCUGACAACAUCAGCUUGUUAUUUAUCCUGAGAACUACAUUUACUUCCACAGAGCAACACACUGAUAAACCACUACAUUUACAGCCGCACACUCCAUCACACAAUAACUGACCAUGACAUCCUGAGACUGGCCUUGCUGCGAUGCACAGAUGACACUUCAAGAAAUU